AUGAAAUACAGUGAGAGCCUGAAAGAUAGACUAGCUAAGUCAAUUGACAAGAUCUUAGAAUCUAAUACUACCCCACAAAAAGAUGGAGACCUUUCAACCCCCACAGUCCAUGGUAUUAUAGCUGGUGUAACUUCUUCCGAAAAUACUUUAUAUCUCAAUUCGAAAGGAAAAGCUAAUGUAGAAACUGGAGAAGAAAUGUCCGUUGAUCAUAUAAUGUGCCUAUACUCUUGUACCAAGGCCUUCACAGCAACCGCAAUUCUCCAACUUCAUGAACAAGGCAAGUUAGAUAUUGACGGAGAAGCUCAGAAAUAUCUCCCUAAGAUUGGAGAAAUUGGCCUUAUUGAAGAGGGAUCUGUUUCUGAAGAAGAUGGCUCUUUUACUAUACCACCUAAAGCCCCUAAGAACCCGAUUACAAUAAAACAUUUGUUAUUGCACAUAUCGGGAUUUGCGUACGCAUUUACGAGUAUUGACUACUUCCAUUUGAUGACGAAGAAAGAUCCUCAUCUUAAUGCAAUAAAGCCAGUUCCGGAAUAUUUCAGUCAAGGGAAAAUGCCCUUAGUAUUUGAACCAGGCUCCAAAUUUCUUUAUGGGCAUAGUAGUGAUUGGUUAGGAUUGGUAGUAAAAGAAGUAACUGGCUUGAAUCUAGGAGAGUACUUGAAAAAGUAUGUUUUUGAACCACUUGGAAUGGAUUCAUGCACUUUCCAUCUUAACGAGAAGGCUAAAUUCUUGGAACUACACAGAAGAACUCGUAAAGCUGGAAUAGUCAUCCAUAAUAGCUACGUCGUUGAUAAAGAUCCAGCGGUUGAUAUGGGAGGACAAGGCUGCUUCGGAACUGUGGGAGAUUAUUUAAAGUUCAUCAGAGUUUGGUUAAACGAAGGAGUCUCACCAGAUACAGGUGCAAUCUUAUUACAGUCUGAUACCAUCAAAUAUGCUAGAUUGAACCAUUUACCUGAGGAGUUUUUGAUAGACUUUUCAACUGCGUCUUCUUCCUUGUUACCAGAAGAUGUAUUGUCCGAUGGAUACACUUUAGCUGGUUGUGCGUUCUCCAAGACCAAUUUGCCUACCGGUAGACCAAAUUCGUCUAUCUACUGGAGUGGGUUAGCUAAUUUAUACUUUUGGAUGGAUUUUGAAAAUAAGAUUGGGGGAUUUUGGGGUACUCAACUCUUCCCUUACUUCGACGACGCUUGCGUGGAGAGUUAUUUGGACUUCGAAAAGACAGUUUACAGGGAACUUUUAAGCAAAGGCUCCAAGUUUUAA